AUGGCCAAAAUCGUGUCCUACGAUCGCGCCGAGUGUAACGAUUCCUAUAUCGGUCAGAUCAAUAUGUUGCAGGCGUCGUCGUUCAGCGGCGUUAACGGAGCGAUCUGGGGCUACGACCUGGCAAUCGAACCCCGCAUCGGGAAGACGUAUCCUGUCGGCCGUAUCGAGAAUAUACCCAUCUACUCCCUCAUUCCCUUACGCGACGCAACCCGGCAGCUUUUCGGGGUCGCCGAAAACCGGCAUUUCCCUCCGCAAGAAGGCGCCAUGGUCGUUUGCGCCGAAAAGUACCUCACAAGCGCGGUCUCCGACGGAAAUUUGUGGAUCUGGUGCGCUCUCGGGUUCGCGAUUGCGGAAGAUCGCGAUAAUCAUGCUUGCUUGUUUAUGGAAGACACGGGGUCAUUGAGGCUCGGGGAAGACGAAGAACAGACCGUGCGGCACAAGCUCGACGAUAGGCUCAACAGGAUCGCCUACGCGGCGUAUCUGUGCGGCGAGAAUCAGGGCGCACGCUACAAGAAGAUCUACAUCGGCUGGAAGGCGUCCUACAUACCGAAGAAUCACGUGGGUUGUGCACUCGCCUGCGCCCCAUACGUGACGCUUCCGUCCGGCGCGUUCAAGAACAUUACUCCGGAGACCGACAUCCUCGAGCUUUCAACCGAGGACUGGCUAUCCAGAAUGGGCUUUUCCGAGGUGGACGAGCCCGACUAUGCGCUCAAGACCCUGACCGGGCCGAAUAUCCCUCUCCAAUAA